CAUCCUUCUCCUUCUCCUUCUCCCGAGUCACCUCCUGCUCUACCCUCCUCCUCCUGUCGGACCUUCGAAUCUCCUCUUUCACUCACUGUAAAUACAACAUUGCCGAUUUGGUGCGCAUCAUAUUCUUCGAUAUCCUUAUCUUAUCCGUGUCGUGCCGCCUUCUCGCCCGAUUCGUUUGUCCAAUUAUCCGACUGAUCCAGAAUCUUCGCCUGGUUCAGUCGUCCCCAUUGCUGCCGUUACCUUGCGAGACCUGUUUAUGCAACCAGAGUCCACUGCAGUUUUCGAACACAAUCGCUCACUAUACCCAUCGUCCGAAAACUUCUCUUUCACCCAGGAUGGACAUGAUUCGUGUGGCGACCAUCGAGUCUCUGGCCUUGACCAUGACAAGGCUGGGGACUCCGGAGUCUUGUCUGGUCCCUCUGUGCGCCAGUCGGGUCUAGACCAGCCAACUCAAGCAUCCGCGCUGGUUGAUAGAGUUAGCCAGUAUGAAAAGGCCGCUGCUCGCACACCUAAAAACCAGGAGGGACUAGGUUUCAAAGUAGUAGCCAUGUCUACUCCGUCAUAUCUGUCCCUGGAAGAUUUCCCCAAUGAGGUUCUGACUCACAUCCUCUCUCACCUGCCUCCGCAGUCGCUCUCAUCUAUCGCACUAGUGUCCCAUCGCUUGCACAGCCUGGUUACGACACCCCAUGCCUGGAGGAUUGCCUUCUCCCGUUACUUCCCUGGGCCAAACGCCGAAGAUGGUGUCCCGUUGUCUGCGGCAGAUCAAUCCGAUAGCCUGGCCUUCGACAAGCGUCACUUCUCUAGGCUGACCCCUUUGGCGUCCUGGCGAAGCGAGUACAUUUUGCGCACUCGUCUGCUGAGGUCGCUGUCGCGGGGGAAGCCAGCGCAGUUUGCACCCUCGAAAAAACAUGGCAUAGUUCGAUCGGCAAACAUGCGCAAUGGGAGUGCUAUUCUGACCUACACCUCCCAGCUUUUGUACCCCGUCAGCCAUGUCCAUGGCAUCUUUGGCAACGAAAGCUCUAAGAAGGAACCUCUGUUCAUGCACGGGGCUGCAGAACAAGGCAUCGCGUCUGCUAGUGACCCCUCGACAGUGAAGGUGGGCACGUGGGGUGUGUCGGACCACCAGCUGUUCCGUCAUUUCGCGGAGAUCUUUCCGGGUGAUGCAGAGUACGGGUUGGGGGCCGGAAAUCUGGUGGGUUUGUCUAACCGUAUGGAUGUCAGCCAGCCUUAUGGCAUGAUAUACGGGGAGGCGUGCCCUCAAGGACGCAGUUACUUUAUCUCGUCUGUCGAGCAGCGUGGGCGGUUUUUGAACCUUGUUCAGUCCAGCCCGCAUCCGCACCUUGGCAUUCCGGUUCUAAAUCCGAUCGCCACUGCAGUCACUUCAGUAUGGAUUGCGAAAUCUUCUCCGAUAUUGAAGUUGACUGGGGGUUUGAUUGGUAUGAUGUCCGGCGCUUCCUCCGGCGUCCUCACAGCUUUUGCGCUUGGACCCCAUCCCACCUAUGAGAAGAGGUACGAAAGAGGUCAGGUAACAGCGAAAUGGGUACUUUGCCCGGGGGUUCCCAUUAUAGCAAUUGCAGUGGAUGAGCGCUUCUCAUCCACGCGCUAUGGUCGUCGUCGGGUUUGGGCGGCAGUGCUCAAUGCGUUGGGUGAGGUGUUCUAUAUCUCGGAUGUGCCUCGCCAACCUGAUACUUCAUCGGCCAAAAUGAGCGCGGAACAGCUCGACGCAUUAGCUUGGAAGACAGGUCGAAGUGCCCGCUGGGAGCUUGUGGAGCUGAGCAGGCGAACGGCAAAGCCCGACCCCUUCAAUCGGGAACCGGUGGAUGGUAGCUACAGUCCUAGGUCGUCAUCGGAUUCCAUGAAGCUUAGCCAGGAGCAAGUGGCUACGGAGACAAACGAGAUCCAACAUUUCAUGUCCUUCAAGCCUAAACACUUCCGGAAGGUUUGUGAGGGCUGGGAUAUGAGACGAGACCUGAUCGUCGAUUUUGCUGGUGAUGAUGCUCAUGGUGCUGGCGAGUCGAUGGUGGUUGUUACCCGCGGCGCUGGUGGGGGCGAGAAAGCUUCCAUUCGCCGGUAUACUAGGAAACUAUCCAAGGUCGAAUCGCUACCGGCACUUGGAACCUACCCGUCUCUUGCUGAAUCCAACCCUGCGGUUUCAAUAUUUGGUGGACUGGCGGCGUCCCCGUCGGUGACGCCAGAUUCAGCAGACAGUGUCCCACCGUCUCGCGCUUCCAGUCGACUCAAUGAAAUUGUAUGUGGAGAGGGGAACACCGCAUGGUUUAUCUCGGAUUUCUCGUUCGGUGAUCGGAAAGCCGUCCGUAUCACGGCUAGCGCGCUAGAUACGUCCACUUACGCCUUGUUGACGGCCGAUGAGGAUCCCUUACUGGGAAUAAGCGGCACAUCAUCUGUCUCAUCUGCUACAUCCUCCCCUCUGCCGCAUAUGCAGCAAUCUGGCUCGAACGUCGAAGUUCCUGGGCAGCGUGGACGGUAUAUGGCCGUUGGCACUAGUACCGGACUGGUCUUUGUCUGGGAUGUGCGAUCACCCACCUCGAAGAAUCCAGAGAUUAUUAAGUCCAUUAAUCCAGUGCGUAUUAUCCAAACGGAGUCGCCACAGGUUUCUUCCUUAGCCUUGACGUCUCUCUAUCUCGUCCACGGUGGGAAUGAUGGACUGGUGCAAGCAUGGGACCCUCUCGCUUCCUCGACCCGUCCUAUUCGGACCAUCAACUCUCGAUUCUCGUCACGGGCCCGCCGCAGACUAGUCCAGGCCGAGGCCUCUAUCCUCGGUGUUGGAAACAACUUCUAUGCGACAGGCGCGAUGUGCCUUGACCCUGACCCAACUGUGCUACGGGGCAUGGUGGCUCUAGGGACCCAUCUGCGCUACUGGUCCUAUGGUUCCACGGCCGCGGACCAGUACAAGACCAGCAAGCGUCGGUUCCGGCGCACUCAACGGGGCAGCAACGCAGCCGCCGACGCCCAGCGAUUCAACAAUAGCGGGCGUGGAGCACUCCAGGACGACAUUGAAGACGAAUUGGAGGAACUCAAACGGCAGCAUGUAGCCGACCGAAAGCAAGAAGCGCAUCUUCGCAAUCGUUUCGGUACCGACCUCCUCGGGCCCGAUGCCAGCGAGGAGGAAAUGCUAGCGUACGCGCGACUGCUGAGCGAAGAGGCGUGCACUGAUCACGCGAGCAAGCGCGGUGAGGUGGCGGGGACCUCGGUCGCCAGUACCGCCUCGUCCAGCGACACUGUCGGACGGAACGGUAGCCUAUUCCCAGCAGAUGAGCUAUCGUCCUCUUCGUCCCCGUACGAGGAAUCCGCCGACGAUGACCUCGCCCCUGACAUCGCCGAAGCCAUCCGGUUAAGUCUCCUCGACGAGCCGCCUAGCGGGUUUGACGAGAGUAGAUUUCCCGAACCGCCCAACCAGCAGCACCACAGCGAAUUUUUCCCAGACGAACCUGCCUUGCCAGAAAGCAGUAAUCGUCAAGAGAUGGACGAUCUAGAGUUUGCCAUCCAACUGAGUCUGGCAGAGAACGCGCAGCAGGACGAACAGGCCCGGGAGGAGUUCCCUGGGCUGGCUGAGAGGUCUUAUUCGGGGUCGGGGGAUACGAGCAAGGGCAAGGGCAGAGCUGUUUAGUAUUGUAUCAAUUUGUUUGUGGAUUUUGCAAGUUAGUUAAAACUUCGAAGUGAUUAAUAGAUGCAUUUUGAAAUCAAG